GUCAACGUCGGCGGCCAGCGACUCGAACUUAAACCGACUGGAUCGGAUAAUUAGAAAUUAAAAACAUGAGGUUCUUCGGCUGCAAGCUCCAAGUCUAGCGCGCGCACUUAUGUCAUGUCACUAAUCGUCCGACAGGGUCAGGGCCCGUGACCAGGCUGGGUUUGUCUGACUCGGGUCUAUUCACGAACACAUAUAUCUUCACCGAUAAUUACUUGAUAGUUGCUCUGCCCGUUCAACUUUACAGUGAGGCAGUCUCGGACUUUUGCCACUUUUCUAUCCUUCCUUUCUCAACUUUAGUCGCUCCUUUGCUGACGUUACCAGUGCAUGCUUGCGCAAGUAAUGUUGCCUUCCGUCCUCGAUCCUGUUGCACGCAACAUUGCUAUACUGACAACGACAUUGACUGCGUUCAUGGUCCUCGAGUACUUUUGGUUUAUAAAAGAAGAAAUCCGGCUAGUCUGGCCGCGAUUUUUGAAGACCACAGAAGCCAAAGUAUACGUGGUGAUCAGAUAUGCUGGUUUAGCUGGAUCAAGCUUCAACAUCUGGUUUGCAUUUAGAAUGCUCUCGGGAGUUCCCAAUGGUCCGUUCGCUUGCAGAGCAUGGUACUGGUACCAGACCACGAUGACCCAGUGUCUGGUGUUUUCUGUGGAGUCAUUACUCAUGCUGCGGGUGAACAAGAUGUAUGGAAAAGGGAAAUCUAUCCGUGCACUCUUGAUCAUCUUCGGUGGCGCACAGUUUGCUGCCAUGGCAGCCAAUGCUCGAGUGGUUGUAAUUGGCACUCGCUAUUCCCCCAGUUGUGUCAUAAUCUCGCCUUAUCACAGUAGGAUCUAUGUCGGCGUCUCAAUCAUUGUAACUUUCAUGUUCAUCCUUUCUACAAUGCUAUGGAGAUUCUUUGGAAACUCAUCCGGCUGGUCAGAAGCUCUUCGUGCUUGGCUCAAGCUUGCAGUCCGCGACGGUAGCUGCACGACCAUUGCGAUAUUGGUGAUCUUCAUCUUCAUGUUUCUCUGCAACACGCACGUUAUCGACACACAAAUGAGUGGAAACAUCAUUUUUUACGUACUGUUAUCUUGUCUUUGGUUUGCUGCUGGACGCAUUGUUUUGCAUCAGGCCAAAUUCCAUGAAAUUCAAGAAUCCCAGAAGGGUGACAUUAAUGAUCAAAGUCGGUGGACUCUGACGAUCGAGGUGGACCCUGAUGACAUUAGACCUUUUGAUGAUCCGGAUGCAUGUCCAACGGGUCCCUCCGGCUUGGGGGUCAAGUCGACUGAAGUGUCCUCUAUGCCAAAUGCAGGAGUGAGGGAUAUCGCUGACAAACACCUUUGCGGGGAGGACAAUAUGCAGCUGUCGAGUUGCGCACCUACAUUCAUACCGAUCGAAGAAUGCAUCAGUGGUGGGGUUUCGGGCUUUAGGAAGUGAAGCAAAUCCAUUCGUUUAAUAAGAUGAUCACAAGUUCCGUAGUACAUAUAGUUUACAUAUCACUAAUGGUUUCACAUUGCCAGGCAUAUCGUGCC